UCUCACUCUGCUCUCCCCCUUUAGCGUUUAGACAACCACAGAAUCCACAAAACCAAAUCUUCUCUUUUCGUUCUCACAUCUCCACCGUUGAUUAUCUAAACCGAUCAAUCUAACGAUAAGAAAACAGAGCUUAGAAACUCCACAAGUUUGAUCAUUUCCUCUGAAACAGAGUAUCCUCUGUUCCUUACUCUGUUUUUUCAUCGAUGAGGAGGUUAAGAGGGAUCAAAAUCAGAAGACCGUUUCAACGAAUCACAAGAUGGAUUCUCCGGAAAACCCGACUCCGCCGUUCGAGAUACAUCCGGUUAAGCCCGAACCGGCCGGUUUGCAAACCAAAAGCCAUCGCAAAGCUCAUAAGCUGGGGUCGUAGUCUCACAUCACACAGCGCCAGGUUCCUCGGGUGUAAGCGAUCAAACUCCGGAUACAUACCAAUUGGGGAGGAACCGGUUCAAACCAAACCCGACCCGGUUCCGAAAGGUCACUCGGCGGUUUACGUCGGCAAAAAAGACGGCGACUUUCACAGAGUUUUGGUGCCUAUCGUUUACUUUAACCAUCCUCUGUUUGGUGAGCUUCUGAGAGAAGCAGAGGAAGAGUUUGGGUUUUGUCAAGAAGGUGGGAUCACUAUCCCUUGUCCUUAUUCCGAUUUCAAACGGGUACAGACCCGAAUAGAAUCCGGGUCUGGGUUCUGCAAAUUUCCAUGGAGCCGGCGCCGGCAAUAACGACGGCGGAAAAAGGCGGUAGACGAUGAUAAUGACGAAAAAAGUUUGAGCUCUUUUUACUAUUUUCUUUUUAUUACUUUUUCACUGCUUUUUAGCUUUUUUUUACCCUUUUGUUAGAUAUGUAAAUGUAAUGCAUAUGUGAUAAUGUGAAAGUGACAUUUUUAGUAUUAAACUGUAAAUAAUUGAGAGAUUUCUCCA